AUUUCUAAGAGUACCCAUUCCCUUAUUGUCUCAUGCUGAUGAGUUGUCUUUACUAAAUGUUUACAUUGUGUUCCUCUCAAAGGCUCUUUUCAUACACGGUCCUCUAAGAAUAUUUACGGUGUUAUACAACACAGAAUCUUUUUGAAGAAGAGUUGCUAUGUAAUACGCACGGCCACGAGUGGACUCAGGAUCCUUGACAUUGAGGAUGAAGUAGAAUGGCUGUAUAGAAUGUACAUAUCCUUUAAAGAAUUUCCCAUUUCACAUUAUCAGCAGUGUAAAGAAGAAUAAGGAUGGGAAGUAUAAGAGUCUGGGUUUAUAUUGUGCUAUUAUGGUGUGCUGUUUGUGUUUCGAUGGAGGAGGAUGUCUUCAUUGAUCCCCAUGACAUGGUGAACCCUCGGAGAAAAAUCUUAAAGGAAGAAGGAGAGACACCAGAGGAAGAAAAAACUCUGAAGAUUAACCCAAAGUUACCAGAUAUACAACCAUCAAUCAGUGAGGACAACAUAUUGCUUCCUGAUAUUGAAGAUAUUAAAAAGCCAGCUGAUGUAAAGCAAGACACUCCAAAAGAAUGUCCAAACACUGAUAUAGGAAAGCAUCUGCUGAGGAGUUAUGUCAAAUCUUUGCUUGGACAUUUUGAGUUAAAGAGACCUUCCUCUGGAUCUCAAGAAUAUAACAUGCUCCUUCAACUCUCAGUUCAUGAUUUUGAAAUGCUGCAAAAGUUUGUCUCUGAAGAAAGCAAGGAUUUACACACCCUUCACGAAUCAGCUGCUAUCCUCACUGAUAUGAUAAGAAGUGUAUCAAGGUCACAUCUUGGAACUAUGGGAAAAAUAUCUAUUUGGUUCGAGGAUAAAUAUGGAGCAAGCAUUGAUGCAGCACUAAAGAUGGUUGCAGUGUUAUUAAUGGCCUCCGUCUUCGCUACUUUAGAAAUGAAGUUACAGAUGUCAUGGAGACAGAGGUUUAUGAAGCUGAUUGUGUUAUCAUUCAUUGUCAGCAUUCCUAUGACUUGGUUCGAGCUUUACAAGGCGGAACAGAUAAAGCAGGAGACGGUAGCAAUGAAGGAUGCCCCCACUGAAUGCAUUAAGAACAACGACUCAAUUAGCGAGAACUGGCUUAAUGCAGGUUUUCAGUUUAUAACCUCGUUGGUCACCUUAAAGGAGGAUAAGUGUCAAAAAUAUUAUGAACAUGUGAUGAUUGACCCAUUUCUGAAGGUCCCACCAACUAAGGCAGUUGGUGUGACAUUUGUUAGAUUUUUCCUGUCGCCACUGAAGGAUGUUGGAGCUUCAUUGAGUUCCUUUAUAAGAGAACUUUUAAUUGACCUCCCUCUGACAUUAUAUCCAGUAGCAAUGGCCAUGGUGACCGUAUUUUUAUUUUUGAUUCUAUUUAUGACAUUUGGCUACAGUCUCAGGCUGCCAUUUUUCCUCUCCAUUGAACCAUCACCUUACCAUGCUGUAACAGGUGGCUCCUCUAAUCAGCAAGCUAUUGAGGACAACACCAAGCGUUUGAUGGAACAGAUGCAAACAAUGCAAAAUGCCCUUGAAUCCAGAGAAGCACAGUUCACAGCUAGAAUGAAUGACUUUGAACGUCUUCAAAAAACAGCAAUAGAAUAUUCAGCAGCCAUCAAUGUUCCUGAUGCGCCCAUGCCCACAAUUCCAAAAGUGCCAGCAGUAUCUAGACAACGUACUACUACACCCAUCUCUCAAGAAUCAGGAGAUCUUGUACCCCUAACAGUAAAACCACAUGAUACAAAGUCUCCGAUUCCAUGUUCCGAAGCAGAAUUGGAAUCUUCCACUGAGGACUCGGAGCGUACCAUUAAUCUAUCCCAUGGUGGUCAGUCUCCAUCCAGGGGUAGAUCCAGCAGACUUCCUCUUAGCAAGAAGAACAAAACCGGUGAACAGUUACCAACUCAGAUUAGCUCUGCAAUAGACAGUUCCCAUACUCAUGUUAUCUCACCAGAAACUGUACUUUCCCAGGAAACGAGUUCGAGAUAGCACACUCCUCUUUGAAUUAUUUCUCCUUUAUUUAUCAAGUGGUACAUCUCAUUUACUUUUUCAUCAUCCAUUGCAUGAUUUUUGAACAAUAAAAUUGUUUUGUUUUUA